CAGUAACAUCGGAGGUGACAGCUUAAACAAAUGUAAGUGUAACUUUUUAUUAACCUUUUUCGAGAAAUUUCGAAGCGAAAUGAUACAGAUAAUUGACACCGUAUUUAUUUUCAGUCACUUAGUUUGCUAAUUAACUUGUAAAUGACUAAUUGCACACAUCAAAUGAUAAUUUGGUGGAUUGUUCACAUUUAUUAGUUAACACAUAUGUACAGUAUUCACAUACAUAUUAGAAAAUAAUGUACCGACGACUUUUUAAUUAAUUUAGGGACAGAUGGGGGGAAAUAUAUUUAGUUACAUUUGUUUCCUACAGGAGUUGGAAGGAUCUAGUCAUCAGUUAUUAAUUAACAGCUGGAUGUAUUUUGUCUUCUUACCGAUAGGUGGCAUCUUCGAGCUAACAAAGCACGCUUUAAAGUUGUUAUUCUUUCUGAAAUCCGCCUUUUUCUUCUCCUCGGGGAAAAAAAAGAAGUUUCGCCAAAACCAAAACUAUUCAGACGGAGUAGAUUUUCCGGGUUACAAUUUUACCUCCGGAGUCAGUUUGAGGACACUAACACGAACCCCCUCGAAAAUGAAACCCAGCGAAAAUAGUUCUUUUCUACUUCUUCUCUUCUUCUUCUUUUUUUUUUUAAAUAAACGACUAAAAUAAAUGUGACAGUAGUGUUUUUAUUCUCUUUUUUUGUUUUAAAAUAUAAUAAAUAUAUUUAUUAAAUAUAAUAAAUAAGCCUAAUAGUAAAUAAACGAAUACAAUAAACGUAAGAAAAUGAACUUUAUUGUUUUACUAUAUAAUAACAAUAAUUUCCGUGACACAGUGAUCUCUGACUCAUUAUCAGCGUCCGGAUUCACUCACUCAUUUCCCUUCACCUCUUCCCCAUAUACUAGUGCACUCAAAUGUCAUUCGCUAUAUAGGGAGUAGUGAAUGAGUGAGCGGUUUCAGACACAGCCAUGCUUACUCUUCAGUACAAUGAUCAUCAAAGUGAGUCGUUUCACUGAUGAUGCUCAGAGCGGUGAAUAACAUGAAUCAAAAGCUCGAGCCAAAAGAACCGAGUCACUGCAGAGAGUUGGAAACCCAGCACUAAGCUGAUGUACCGAGCUGCUGGUCCGCUAAACGGCGCUGUCGAGCAGUAAGAGCGCGGAAACAGAGUUCCUAUUCAUUCAGAUAACGCCGGUUCUUGGAGACUUUUCCUCUUUGGUGAUCUGGAAAACGAGCUUCAUGUUGCAGGAGAUACCGGAGCACGUGCUUAAGAGAAUCGUAGGCUACCGGGACGUCAUUAUCUCCCUGAAAAAAGCUGUGAUAUGUAAGGAAUUAUUGAACUAAGCUGCUUGCAAACCACCGGUGUUUGUGUGUGAGAGAGAGAGGGAGAGAGAGAGAGAGAGAGUGAGUGUGUGUUUAUAUGUGUAUGUGUGAGUGAGCGUGAGAUUGCCACCUGUGGCUGGAUUUCACCCUUAAAAACCCACGAGUGUUUCUUGGAGGAGAAACUAGGAUGUGGCGCGUGCUGCUGAGCGGGGCUGUGCUCUUUCCUAGCUUGUUUAUAAUCUUGAGGAAAACACUGCCGCUCGUUUUCAGGCGCUGGAGCGAUGCAGACGUGGUGCUGGUCAGCGAGAGGCUGGUCUCCUCUGUUCACGCCAUCAUGGCCACCACGGCUGGAAUCAUUGUGGUGUCCUCAUGCAGAGAGAAUGUGAUAACAAACAGACACUGGCUGGCCACCUCAUUUGUCCUCGAUUAUGGAGUGCCCUACAUGGCAUAUGACCUCUUCGCCAUGUACCUGAGCCACUACUACCGUUUCCGGGUCAAAGGCCAUGAGGAUUACCGAGGACACUCACUGAGGACGGUCAGCUUAUUUGUGAGGAAAGAGUCCCUGCUGGUCCUUCAUCACAUCGCACUCCUCACCAUUCUCCUGCCUUUUACACUGUUCUUCAGGAACGACCAAGGUGAUUUCUUCAUUGGCUGCCUCUUCCUUACAGAAAUCAGCACACCUUUUGUUUCGCUGGGCAAAAUCCUGAUUCAGGUGGGACUGCAAGACUGCUGGCUGCACAAAGCGAACGGCCUCAUGGUGCUGCUGAGCUUCUUCCUGUGCCGCAUUGUACUCUUCCCCUACAUGUACUGGGUGUAUGGAGCACACUACGGCCUCCCUGUCUACACUGUGCCCCUGCACAUCCCACUCUACGCUAACUUGGGCAACAUGUGCAUCCUCACGCCGCAACUCUACUGGUUCAUCCUGCUCUGCCUAAAGGGCUACCGUCUUUACAGGCGUCAGCGCAACACCAACCACCAAGACUCGACUUCAUCACCUCACGCCAAGGCAGAAUAGAGUAAGGAGAUCUGGUAAUGGCACAGUGAGAACCAAGUGCUCAGAUACUCCAGUACAGAUUAGCAUCAACUACACCUGCUUCUGCUGUUUAGUUAUUCUAUGAAAAGUCUACUAGUAUUUCUCUGCACACACAAACACACACAUGGCUGUUACAAUCCUAAUAUGCUGUGAUUAAUUGGAGUACACUGCUGGGGUGAAUUGGUUCUUUCUGCUGUGAGGGGAUUUGUGUGGUCAUACUGGUGCUCUGCCUCAUGGUAUUACUUAAUGAUGUAUGGCAGGGAGGGGGACAUGAGUGAAAAGAACUAAGGCGCUGUUGUGUCCUUUACUCUUUUAAUUCUGCAGACUGAAAGACUGUUCACAAUUUGGAUUGAAAUUCAUAUUUUUUCCCCUUCCCAACUGCAACUCAAAGGUAUGAAUGAUGUUUAAACUAUGAAUAAUCUCUACUUUUAAAAUGUAUUUUUGUACCAGUUUCAAAAACCUUUAAACAUGACCUUUUUAGGCGCCAUCCUCAUUUUCCAUUGCUAGGCCUUAACUGCUCCACCAUUGCUCCUUUUUUUGUUAAUGGCUGAUCAUAUUUCUGUGUGUUUCACUAUAAGACUACCUUAUAUGACCGCUUAUAGUCUUCCUUAAAGAACCACUUAAGAUUUUUAUGUUGGUGUAUAUUGGUGGAAUUGGAAGUCUUGAGGAAACUCAAUUCCUCCAGUCCAGAAGGUGGCAGCAGUUUCAGGUCUCAUGCUUACUAAGUGUUACAAAGCAUAACACAUUGUUAUAUGGUUGCAUAGUUGCUAUAUUGUUUAGGUCACUUAACCACCACAUCUCGGGGCAGCAGUUUAAGCAAAAACAAUUUUCUCAAAAUGGGAUAAUUUAUUUAUUUUACCCAAUACUACUUAAAAUUCUUCUCAUGCUAAACAUGAGUUUCACCUUCCAGAGGCGGUGUAUUUAAGCUCUGGACAGUGUUUGUGUAGAAACCAGCCAUUAGACAACAGAAAGAAUAAUUUAAAUAAAGUAGUAGGUGACCAGGUUCCAAUAUGUUGAUGUUUUUUAAUAUAUAAAUUAGUUUAGUAGUAGCAGGAACUCAAGCCUUCUUCCAAGAGCAUUCUGCAUUUCAAAAGAUCAGUUGGAUACAGUUUUUAUUACUGAAAUUUCUAUAUUCCUUAUGUACCUUUAAAGUGCAUGUUUUUUAACAUACAAAAGGUACACAUCAUAUAGGUCUAAUACGAAUGAUUUAAGUGUGAUUAUUAGGUUUGUGUUAAUCCUGCUUUUCCGCCUGUUAGAUGAGAAAUAUCUCUGCAUGUCACUGACUAUCAAUUCACUGGUCCUUUCUUACUUUAGGUUCUGUGAUUUAGAGUUCAUGCUUCCCAUUUCCAUCUUUAUUUUCUCCACUGGCUUAGUUCUUGGACUCUAUACAAACAGUUAAAAAUUUUCCACUUUAAAUCUAAUGGAUCAGUGGAGACAUGUUUGCUUCUUUAGUUCUGCAUUGGAGUUAUGAAUAUGUUAUGGAGGUAGCCAUCUUGGACAACUUGAGGCACUACUGGUUAGCUACAUUACACUUCUGGUGCAAAAUUUAAAGAUGUAAACAUCAGACAUGCAACAUGUCAGUUGACUAGCGAAAAUUCAGGGUAAAUGCAAAAUUGUCUCAAAUUGAUUAUUUUAAUGCCAUUCAAUAAUUCUCCAUUGGAUUCCAUACAGCUUUGGAUUCAAUUUAAUCAGUUUGAAGAUCUAGUUAGGCAUAUUAAACAAAUAAGGUUACAUCUAUUAAAAUAAGUGAACUGACUGACAAAAAUUCAAGUGACUUGAGACACUUUCAUAUUGUUAUUAUUAUUAGUAGUAGUAGUAGUAGUAGUAUUGUUAAUUUAUCCAAGUCCUACUGUAUUUGACCUUUACAUUAUCAGUGAUUAUAUACCAAGUUUAUAUACUCUGGUCAAAACACCACAUACAUGUAUUUUGGGAAAUAAUUAUUUGAUAUAUUUGAAUAAUGAUACACAUCAGAUGUGUACAGUGAAAUCUCUUACCCAUUGCAGUACUUAAAGGUCAUAACACAUACAUAGCCAGAAUGUUAUUAUUCCUAAUAUAGAUGGGCUUUCUAAGCGCAUUAUAGUAAGUCUUAUGCUUAGUCUCGUAUGAGGCUUUGUUUCUGCUCAGGGUUGGUAAAGACAAUGUUAACUGGUAUCUAAAGUAAACCUCUAUAGAUAUGAAAGCUGAAACUGUGAACACACAAAGUUGAAAUGGAAAACACCUGGAAUGACACAACUGAGUCUUUUGGUUUGUAUUUGUGCUUAGUUUUUUUGGUGGUUUCUCCUCCAACGUGGCUUGUGUUGUUAUCUUUGCAGUUGGAGACCAAAGACUGACAGGCACUUUACUCGGCAAUGUCUAAUAAAUACGACUUGCCACACUAGAAGUCUUUCAGUAUAUUAAGUGCUUUGUAUACAUUGAUCUCUUUGUGCAGUGUUAGAAAUGAGAAGAACUGGUUGAAUUUUGCUUUUGUUUGAGGAAAAUGUAGAAAAUGUUAGUUAUCUAGGUUAUUUUCUGCUUUGGUUUUAACACAUCUAUGCCAGGCUGGACUCUUCACUUAGGGUGGUGCAGGAAUCAGUAUUAAGUUACUUGGGUUGAGGCAGGUUUCUUUUGUUGCAAUUUGAUUGGAGGCAUUAAACAGGGUAAAGGUAUGAGACAAGAGUCUGUAUUGUCCAGCAUCAAGAUCCUGUGCCUUUUGUUUAAUUCAUGUGAGGUUCAUACACAGCUCAGGACAGGUACUGUUCACUCAUUGCAGCUGUGUCGGGUAAAUUUAAAAUAUUUACUGUGGGCCAUUUCACUCCCAAAACAAAUAUAUUGCUUGUUCUGCUGGAGUCUGCCUAAGUUAAAACCUGAACAUAAUAGUUUUGCCAGUAUGCAUUUUUUUUUCCCUUUUUUUUUAAAGAAGUGAAUAUCAAUAUCACCCUUAUGCUAAGUGUGUAUUCUUUUGAUGUGUUUUGUCAUUAGAUUUGUUUCCCCAAAAACAAUUUCUUUUUUCGCUGUAUGUAAUAGUGCUUGAUCAGCUCUGUAGCCAAUGGAUUAAUGACUGAACUCAUUAGCAAUAACUGAAGGCAUCCUGCUGUACUUGAACUACACUGUAACAAGUUCCCAUUAGUUUAUCUAACUCUCUGUCCAUCCUUUUAUCAAAAAGUCUAUCCAACAUUUAUUGCAACUUCUUUAAACACUAAACACAUUUGUUCAUUGUUGUUCACAUUCCUUCCUCAACAAGGAAGGAAAGACCUCAUUCAAUGACGACCAUUAUGCUUUGUUUGCAUUUUGUUUCCUAAUGUGAAUUCAUAUCUUUUGUCACUUUAAUUUUCUCAAAAAACACUCCCUGCCUCUUCUUAUAUUCAUGUUGAUUUUACAAAUAUAUUUAUAUAUCAGAUUUAUUAUAUAAUGAGGCUUUGAUUUUGUUUGUAGUGUAACCUUUUGAGAAAUGUCUUGUUUGAAAGUAAAUUGCAUACAACUAACCUUCAGUUGAGAGAGGAAUUUAUUUUUUGAACCUUGUGAAUUGGCACCAAGUAAAUCAGAAUUUGCUGAAAUUGUGUGAGCUUCUUUUUUUGUGUGUGUGUAGAUGAUUACUAACACACACAUGCAAACAAAUCAAAAGUUCAGUAUAUCACAAGCGUCCAGAGAGUAUACUGCAAUGUUUUUGAAAAGCCCCAAAUUCUG